AUGUGUGUAACUAAGACUCAAAAUGACAAAAAUAACGAAUUAAUCAAUGCUAGAAAAGAUAAAAGUAAUAGUACUAAUUGGGAAGAACAAGACAAUAAUAAUGAUGUAGGAAGUACAGAAAAUAACAAUAUUGAAAAAGAAUUAUGUUGCAAAGAGAAUGAUGGUAAAGUUGAAACUGUAAAUGCCGAUAUUGAAAGUCACAUUACAACAAGUACAACAGAACUUAAAGUAAGAGUAAAUAAUAAUCAAGUAGAAUGUAAGAAUAAAACAAAUGAUGAAGCAUCUUGUUCGAAAAUCGUCAACGAUAAUGCAAAAUAUAAUAAUCAUAAAAAUGAACAAUCACAUAAUACAUAUGUUGAGUUACAUCGUGAUACAAAUUUGAAUUUGGAAAAUUGGAAUAACAACAAAGAUACCCUGAAUGUUAAUCUCAAGAAACAUAAUAAAGCUCAAGACUCAAAUAGCUCCUCUGAGGAAAGCAACGAUUCUGAUGAAUCUAAUGAAACAAGUGAUUGCAGUGUUGAUAAAUUAGACAAGAGAUAUAGACAAAGCACCAAAUCAAAAACAAAUGAUAAAAAUGAUGCUAGAAAACAAGGUAGUAAACAAAACAGAAAUGAUGUCAUUAAGUUGAAAAGAGAAAAUAAUUCCAAUAAUAGAGUUAACAAUGAGAAAUGUGAUAGUUGUGGACAAUUUUUAAAUGAUCCGGAAUUGCUAUAUUAUCAAGGACAUCCACAAGAUGCCGUUGAGGAAUAUGUUGCAUUAACUGACGAUAAAUUGGUGCUGACAGCUGGCGAUGAAGGAAAUAUCAUGGAAAGACCACAAACAAAUAUAACUGGUUUCUCUAUCUUUGACAAACAAGGUCACUUGUGUCCUAUUGACGGUAAUCUUAUAGAAAACGAUGUUCGCAUUUGUAUGUCUGGAUAUCUGAAAUCAAUUUGCUCUGAUUCACCCGAGAUUGAUGACGAUUCUGUACCUGUUAAAGAUAUUGGUCCUAUUAUUGAAUGGUACAUCCAUGGCUUUGAUGGCGGAAAUAAGAAUUGCAUCACACUAUCGACUGAAUUUGGAGAAUACAAUCUAAUGAAACCAAGCACUGAUUAUACACCUCUUAUGAAUAACUUAUUCGAAAAAAUAUGGCUAAGUAAAGUUGUGGUAGAGUAUCUUGAAGAAAAUUACAACAUGCACCCAACUUAUGAAGAUUUACUGCAAGUUAUUAAACAAACGACAAUCCCAGACCUUGGUAACAAGGAAAUGACAGAAGAAAUGCUUCACAAGCACGCUCAAUUUGUUUGUGACCAAGUUAUCAGCUUAGAAGACGACGACGAGGAUUCUCCACCUCUUAUAACCUUGCCUUGUAUGAGGGAACUAAUAAAACUAAUGGGGAUUAAGUUUGGGAAGCGCAAGACACAUGCCAAGAUAGACUUUAAGAAAGUCAAUAAAAAGACUUUAACUAGGGCUACAACUACGCCUUUAGUGCGAAAAACAUUUGAAAGCUUUUUCACUCAUCAAUUGGACAAAACAAACCAUGAGUUAGUGUUGAGAAGAAAGAGAUGUGGCAUUUGUGAAGCAUGCCAAUUACCAGACUGUGGCGAAUGUAAAGCUUGUCGAGCCAUGGCCAAAUUUGGUGGACACGGACGCACGAAAAAAGCUUGCAUACGCAGAAAUUGCCCAAAUAUGGCCGUGCAACAAGCAGAGGACUCAGAUCCAGAAGACGAUGAAGAUUAUGACGAUGAAAAGAAGGCUCAAAAUAAAUUAGAAGAUAGCGUUCCAGUUAAGUUGAUUGGAACUUACAGAAAUAUAAAAUGGAUUGGUGACAGCGUAAAAGCAGACUCAAAUAAAGUGUAUUACGAGAAAGUGUUGAUUGAUGGCUCAGAAUUGGCAGUCGGAGACUAUGUUAUGGUGGAAACUUCUCAAGCUAACAUUCCGGCUUUGGUCGCUCGAAUUGUUUACAUAUGGAAAGAAACUUCCAAUUCUCAAAUGGGUUACUUUCAUGGAGAAGUUUUUAUAAGAGCUACCGAAACUGUGCUGGGUGAAGUUGGUGAUCCAAGGGAAGUAUUUUUGGGGGAUAAAUGUUGCCAUGCUGCACCACUUUCAUCUAUAUUACGCAAAGCAACUGUUGAAAGAACGGAAACUCUGAAAGAUUGGUUUAAAAUGGGUGGCAAGGAAGUGAACGACGAUACAUUUGAAGACGAUGGGAAGACUUACUUUUACAAUAAAUUUUAUGAAAGAUUCACUGCACGUUUUGAAGAUUUGCCAGAAGAUCCUCCAUGUCCCAAUGAUUUAAGACGACACAGAUUCUGCCCUUCGUGUGAAAGGAAAUCGAAACGCGACGACAAAAAUAUUCCAAAGGUCUAUGGAGAAAUUGUAGCAAAAUCAGAUAUUGUUAAAGAUGAUAGAACGGAAUGGUCUGUCGUAAAGUGGCAGAGCAAUGAAUAUAAGAAAGGAAGAGGCGUAUUUCUCAAACCGGGAACAUUUGGUUUAAAAAAUACUUUGACUAUAGACAACAAUAAUGACAAAAUAAAACUUGAGAAAGUAGAUGAGGAUAAGUAUCCUGAAUAUUACAGAAAGAGCGAUAAUUAUUUACGGGGUUCGAACGUUGACACCGGCGAGCCAUUCUGUGUUGGAUACAUAGUUGCAGUUACAGCAAAGGGCAGAGGACCGCUUAUUGUUCCUCAAGAUAUUUAUCUUAAAGUGAAUGUUCUUUAUAGACCAGAAAACACAGUAAGCAGAUUUCCUCAACACGAAGAUUUCAAUCUUGUUCAUUGGACUAAUGAACACAGAGAAAUUCCUUUCUCAGCAGUUGUUGGACCUUGUCACUUAUUUUACGAAAAAAACGUUCCAGAACAAGAUUCCAUUCAUAAGUGGUUAGAAGAAGACCCAAGUAGAUUUUACUUUAAGACGGCUUUCGAUAAAUCUAGUGGACAAUUUUUUGACGUACCUGAUCAUGCCACUUCUGUAGGUCGUGAGUAUAUAAGCAAAAGCAAGGGUAAGGGGAAAGGCAAGACCAGUAAGCCUCAAGAGAUCAAAAUGAAGGCUGAAGAGGUACAAAUAAGGCCAUUAAGAACUCUGGAUGUAUUUGCUGGAUGUGGCGGUCUUUCUGCAGGACUACAUCAGUCCGGCAUUGCUGAAUGUCGUUGGGCCAUCGAAAAUGUUGAAGCUGCAGCUCAUGCAUAUUCUAUGAAUAAUAAAAACUGCAUAGUGUUUAAUGAAGAUUGCAAUGCAUUGUUGAAAGAUGCUAUGUCUGGUGCUACACACAGCGCUGGUGGCUUGAGACUACCGAUGCAGGGCGAAGUCGAGCUACUUUGUGGUGGACCUCCAUGUCAGGGAUUUUCUGGAAUGAACAGAUUCAAUUCCAGAGAAUACUCCAAUUUCAAAAAUUCUUUGGUCGCCUCUUACCUGUCGUUCUGUGACUACUACCGCCCGAAGUACUUCAUCCUGGAGAAUGUUCGCAAUUUCGUUGCUUUCAAGAAAGGAAUGGUUCUAAAACUGACACUACGAGCAUUAUUGGUUAUGGGCUACCAGUGUACUUUUGGGGUUAUUCAAGCUGGUAAUUAUGGGGUACCACAAACGCGAAGAAGACUUAUUAUUUUCGCUGCUGCUCCAGGAUACAAACUUCCUCUUUACCCUGAACCGACUACUGUUUUUAGCAGACGCGCUUGCUCGUUGAUGACUAAUAUAGAUGGUAAACGAUUCGUUACAAAUAUUCAAUGGGAUGGUUCGGCUCCCAGACGAACUUGUACAAUUCGUGAUGCUAUGAGCGAUUUGCCAGAAAUAAGUAGUGGAGCGAAUAAGCUUGAAAUUGAGUACGGUUCCGUGCCUGAAAGUCAUUUUCAGCGCGUAGUUAGAAGAAGAGAUAAGUCAGCGAAGUUACGUGAUCACAUAUGUAAGACUAUGGCCCCAUUGGUGCAAGAGAGGAUCUGCAGAAUACCCACUGCACCUGGAUCGGAUUGGAGAGACCUGCCUAAUAUUUCUGUUACUUUAGCAGAUGGAACCAAGUGCAAGGUGCUGCAAUACCGCUACGACGAUAAAAAGAACGGGCGAUCGUCAACGGGCGCGCUACGAGGCGUGUGCGCAUGUGCCGAACGCGGUGCUUGUCAACUAGGGGACAAACAGGAGAACACUCUCAUACCCUGGUGUUUACCGCACACUGGGAACAGGCAUAAUAAUUGGGCUGGUCUUUACGGGCGCGUUUCUUGGGACGGUUAUUUCAGCACGACAGUAACGGACCCCGAGCCAAUGGGCAAGCAAGGCCGUGUAUUGCACCCAGUGCAAAACAGAGUAGUAUCCGUGAGGGAAUGCGCGCGAUCGCAGGGAUUCCCCGAUAGUUAUGUCUUUGCUGGAUCUGUAUUGGAUAAACAUCGACAGAUCGGAAAUGCUGUUCCACCACCCUUGGGAGCUGCGUUGGGGCGCGAAAUAAAAAUAGCAUUGGCGGCGACAACUAUUUCUUAAUCAUUAAUUUUUAUCCAUAUGAUAACAUUUCUAGAAUGUUUAUUUUUGUACUAAUCCGUACUGUAAGGUACUACCAUGUUACCACGAAUUAAAUGUUCUUAUUUUAUGUUUAAGACGAUUCUAGUUGUUAAAUUUUUAUUCAAU